ACACACACACACACACACACACACACACACACACACACACACACACACACACACACACACACUCUGACAACUUUACACAUGUGUGCUCAUAGGCAGAAAUUUAUCAGAAAUUAAAAGUUUAGCUCCAGGUAGAGUAGAUACGGCACAACUGGCUGGACCAGUUUCCAUAAUUUCCAAUAUCUCCACCCCAGUAUCUUCAAUACAACUCAUAACCCUAUUAGGAGCAGCGUGGCAGACUGCCGUUGGAACAGGCUGUGAGAGUGUGUUUAAUACUCUCCUCAAGCUAAUGCAGUAGCCUUGCACAUUGUGGUUCCAAACUGUUGAAAAGAGUUUUAAUUAAAUUGAAGUGAUCCAAGUUGUUUGUAUUGGAUAAGCUCACUGGCAACAGCCUAGUUCUGUGCUCACAUGUCAGGUUACUUCAGGUUGGGCCGCAUUCAACACAACUGACGGGCAUUGGCUGGUCGGGCAUUGAUCAAACAAGAUACAUUGUGGUUCAUCCAAGAGAGAGAAGACAACAACACAGUUGUCCUUUCAUCAACGUUGUAAUGUUUCUCUGGCUGUUCUUAGUUACUCAUAUCUAUAUUGGGUUGCCCAAGUUAUUCCUCAGCACAGAAUCUGGAGGUCGACCAGAGUACACCGUCAGUGGCAUGGACAGCUUCAACGAGCUGCUGUACAAGCUGCGCGAUGUCCACGAGCGGGAGCUGGAAGGCUGGCAGCUGAGAGUCCAGGAGCUGUCCAAUAAGAAGGGCUGUGACAUAAAGAGAAUGGAGGAGCUGUUCAAUAGAAACCAGCAGAUGAAAGAGCAGCAGAGGACACUAACAGAAAACAUCAAGACAUUGGAGAACAGGCUUAGGGCCGGGCUGUGUGAUCGCUGCACCGUCACACAGGAAGUGGCCAAGAGGAGACAACAAGAAUACGAGUCGUCGCAGAUACAAACUCUACAUCAGUUCUCCAUUCUGGUGGGCGAGAUGAACAACCUGAAGAAGGAGAACAGGAGGCUGAGGGAGGAGCUGGGGAACCAGAGGAAAGCUAUGGACAGUCAGAGCAACCACCUCUCCAACAUCACUGCCACAGAGGUCAAACCCUCCAGAUCUCCUGACCAUUCCACCACUGCUGUGCCAGUCGCUCUUACCUCAACAACCCUUAGCAAUGCCUCCAAGCCGCCAGAAGGUGGCAACGUUGCGGUGAAAACGGAAGCAGACCAGAAAUUUGAGGACGCACAAGUUGGUGCAUCCAGUAGAAAGCCCUUUGAGUCUUAUAACGCACUCGCUGUGACAUCCCUCGAGCAUUCCCCCCGGGUGUCAGAAGAGAGCAGAAAUGCUGGAGAUAAGAGACUGCAGGGCGCUGAAGGGCGACAUUCGCCGACCUCUAACCCCCCCCAACACAAAGUGUUCCUCCAGAACCUCCCGGCUCCUCUGUCCUCCUCCUCCUCUCCCCCAGGGGGUGCCCCCAGCAGGCACGUGCUCCAUGCCCCCAUGCCUUGCCGCCCUCGCCCAAUCAAAAGCGGGGCCCUCCCCUUCCCCUGGUCCGUCUCAGAACACUCCGACUGGGCCGGUCUCGCCGCCUCCACUGCGCUGCGUGGCCUCGGAGUACAGCUCAACCCCCUCAAGUCCAACCCUUUCCUCUUCGCUGACGUCGGCCCCGCUGGCCCGCAGGCGAGCCCGUCCAACCAGGGCGGCCCCCCGGCGCUGCAGGCGGGGCCGAGGAGCGCCUGCGCACAGCAGAGCUCGACGUCCGAGCCCCUCGCCGAACUGCGGCCCCGGCUGUUCAGGGUGCGGAGCCUGUCGGAGCUGGGGGACAGUCAGGCCAUCGCACUGGAGAGGAAGGAGAUCGCACCGAUCCAGUGGAGGAGCACUGGGACGUCCCAGCCCCGGGGAGGGGUCGGCGAGGGAGAAUCAGAGGGGAACGACGGGCCCUUGGAUCUGUCAGAACGAGGAAGGUCCCAGUCCAACGAGUCGGCAAGCAGCGAGCGCCCUGUGCUCACCCAGGGCGCAGAGGGAGCAGUGAAAGGCUCUGAGAGCAGGACAAUCUCAUCUCCUCAUGGCCCCCCUUCAUCCUCUGGGGUCCCCGCCACACACUCCUCCACCCCUGCUUGUCAAGCACUGGAAAAGUCCAGUGAUCAUUGUAACUAUAUGGAAGAGGAACCGGGUCAGAGUGAGGAGAAGAACCAAAGAAAGGUUGACCAAACAAUCAAAGAAGAUUUUCCACUUUUCAACAGCUCAAUGCAACCAGUAGUGCUGCUGGGAACACUGAAUGCAGCACUGCAUAAACAAGGAACUGCGUUCUCAAAUGGCAAGCUGAAACAAGUGGAUCCAGUCAGCAGCUCAGAGGAGCAGGAUAAAGAGGGCCGGACAGGAGGAGACCAGAGCCCAGCCUCCAAGAGGGCCCGGUCCUCCACUGACAAACACAGCAGCAGAGAGUCGGAGACAGAGGACUUGAAGUCGCAUAAGAGGCUUAAGAUUUGAGUGGGCUUUCAAGACUGAAGAAAACAGCGGCGGUCAACAAGCCAUCAUGACACUAUCUGAUCCAGCAUUUCAAUUUGUUAAGGCACUACAGAACAAAUAGAUAUAUUUAUUAGAAGUGAAGUGACCUGAAAAUGUGCUUCCAUUCCUACUGCAUCGUUCUCAAUCAAAUAAACUGUACUUCUAACGGUGUCGGUGUCAAUGCCAUGUUUUGAUCUUCUUAAAACUCAUAGGGCACCCAACAUAAUUCAAAUAUACAGAUUUAUUCUGAUUGGUUAUCUAUGUUCGCAAAGUUGUAUAAUUUUUUUUAUUUAACAGUUAGCCUUAACUUUGACGCAAGUGACUCAUCCCACAAGGUCCGUCUGGUGCAUAUACCUACAUUCAAAUAUCCAACAACAGUGGGGCUUUCUUGGAUAUAAUUAGUGUGAAUGAAGCACAUAUAUACGACAAAGUGAACACAUGUUUCCUUGUAUACACACUCUGCAUCAAAGGAAACUGCACACUGCAACUGGACACUGAAACAAAGGAUAGCAACGAAGUACAGUUAGAUCGUUCAAUGCAAGCAUAAUAGCCAUGUGUGAAUGUAUUUAGCUUUUAAAAUGUGUUUAUUUUUUAAACAUUUCGCUUCCGCUGUGUUUAUCACAGGUUUGGACUGUGCUUCACAGUAUUUGGUAUCGGGGGCACGGUAAUAUGUCACUGCACUUAAUGGUCAUCUCUUGGCACCUUAGUCCAAAAACACCACAGAUGAACCAGCAAUAUAUAUACUAGUGCUCCAUGUUGAAAUGUACAGCCCCUAUUUCAGAACAAUACAUUCUACUUACUUUUUAUAUAAUCUCAAAGUUAUGUCAUUGUUAGCAUGGUUAUAAAUGCAGAAUUUAACUCUAUCUGUAUGCUUGCAUUGGACAUAUUUUUUGUUGUUUUCUAUUUCCUGCCAAUAAUGUCCCUGAGGCUAUUUUGUGUAGCUAAACAGUAAAAAAAAACAUGUUCCCCU